UCGAACAGAACGUACGUGGUGUUAAAGUUCAUGCGAAAAAAAUCUUCGAGUCCAAAGAUUUUCGACUCGCAACCACUUUUUACACCCUCAGUUUUAACUUGAUGUCCCGCAAUUGAGCACCCACAAAAUGUACACACGAUUGUCAUUGCGGAUUUUUGUCACAAUCCUCCUCGCAGCAACAUGCAUCACGAGAGUUGAGUCUUUUUGGGAGUUUGCCGUCACAACAGACGAAGAAAUAAAAUUUUACUCGCAAGAUUGGAGUCUUAUUCGUUCCGCAGCUCAUCAAUUCCGUGAUUUGGCGGGAAUUUCCUUCGACGAAGUCAAGGAUGUCGUCUACUUCAGCGAUAAAGAGAACAAAUUAGCGAACGUUUUCUCGCUGAAAAUUUACGAAGAUGAUCACUUGAAUUAUCGCAUCAAGGAAUUAGUGAAAAAGCAAUUGGAUGAGCAAAUUGAGGGACUUGCGUUCGAUCCGACAACGGGAGUGUUGUAUUGGAGCGAUACUCGACUUCAUAGAAUUCAUCGAUGGGAUUUGUCGCAUCAAAGCACAAAGGGACCUGAGGUAUGGAAGACUUUUGAUCACGAAGUGCCUCGAGGCGUUGCCAUUGAUGCAUGUCGUCAAAUCGUUUAUUGGACAAAUAACGAUGAAACGGCGCCAAGUAUCCAAUUUUCGGGCGUUAAUGAGACCGAAUCGCAUACUUUGAUCAGCGGAUUGAAAAAUCCGUUAGCAGUUCACGUUGAUCCAUUCGAGGAACGGAUUUAUUGGACAGAUUACGUUUACGGAAGUUACUAUAAAAUCGAAUCCGCCGACUUGAAGGGAGAAAAUCGCAUCCAACAUGUGUACGAACCAAUCGGGAAUCCCGUUGCGAUGACAAUUGACGCUGAAAAUAUUUAUUUCGCAUGUGCGACGAUGAAACAAAUUGUUCAAGUCAACAAAAAAACGAACGAAAAACGUACCGUCGUCAAAUUCGGAGCACAAAUCCCUCGCGGUAUCAUCGUGAAGCACAGUUUUCUUGAACGGGAGCAUGUCACGCCGAAAUGCGAAGCAGCUUUGAAAAUCGUGAAGCAAAAAGUUCUUUUGGAAAAAGCUUCAAACACGGAAAUUGUCUCUGAAUAUUGCGUUAAUGAUGGAAAAGAAGUCGUCAGCGAAGGAAAUCGUCGUUGUGAUUGUCCUCUCGGAUUCUCAGGCACCCGAUGCGAAUUGGAUUUAUGUAAAAACGUCUGUUUGAACGGCGGAACAUGCGUGCCAUUCAAAAAUGGGACAUCCAAAUGUGAAAAAUGCGAUUUGGGAUACACGGGUCUUCGUUGUGAGAUCGAUGUCUGUAAAGGAAAAUGCUUAAAUGGCGGAAUUUGUGACUUGCGAGAUGGAAAUCCAGUUUGUACGUGUCCUCUUGGGUUCUUUGGAGACAAAUGCGAGUCAAAACGACCAAAAUGGGAUAUCGUUUGCGUUGAAUUGUGCGAAGAUGCGGAACAAGAUGAUGAUUUUAAGCCAAUUUGUGCAAGAUGCCAUUCAACAAACGAUCCAACAACAUCCAUUCCAACACACUUGUUGGAUCCCGAACCAUUGCCAGAGUCACAGCCUCAACAAUGCCUGAACGCAGGCUUUAACAAAAGCUUGGUUUUCACGUCGCUCAGUGUAAUGGGCUCUCUUCUCAUACUGUCGCUCAUUAUUAUCACGAUUAACAAGAUUCACAAACCCAAAAGACCUCGAGUAAAGAAGACAUAUGUCGUGCAACGGAACAUCCAAGGGAAUGGAAGUCGUGCUCCAUCAACGGAAAGUUGCGAAAUUAUCAUCGAAAAUUGUUGCAAUAUGAAUAUUUGCGAGACGCCAUGUUUCGAUCCAAAAGUUUUACAGCAAAAUAGCGACAGUCCAAUCUCGAUUUCGUGCAAAGAGGAUAAAAAACAACUUUUGGACAACAUGGACGGCGAACUGUACUGAGAUUUGAGCAAAAAAGAGCAAUAGAGCGCGGUUUGUACCUUAAAAACACACAAAAAAUCGGCAAAAGCUUUGAACAAACAAAAAAAAAGUCUCGAACAACUCGAAGUCUCGAAAUAUUAGGUUUAAAAAACAUCAAAGCUGUGCCCAUUACACUUAAACGUGAGCAACGUCGAUGUACUUCCAAGUUCCUUCAGUCCUGUCGCUCCACAGAGAUUGAACGUCUUUUAACAUUUCCUGAACAAUCACAAAAAUUGUUAAAAAAAGUGAAGCAAUUUCAACUUAGUUACCUUUUAAAUUUAGUUUCGUGUCAUAAAAAAUUUCAAAAAUUUUCUCCCAAGAGGUAGCGUCUCUCUAAAUUUUUGCUUUGUCAAAGAAAAGUUAUUUUAUUCAAUAUUUUAGCCAAAAUUAAAAAAAAGUGAGUAGAUCAAUAAUAAUUAGAAAAGCUAUAAAAAUGCUCCUUUUGUUUUUAGAAAGUAAAUUUAAGGAAAACGUUCAAUCAACGUUCAUAAAUAUAAGACUAUGUGGAAUAUCCACAACAGGGUUUUGUGAUAUUACACUUAAUAAAGUAACGAUAAAUGCUAAAUUAGGAGGUAAAUUAUUAAUUUAUAUACAGAAACAAUGCAAAUUAAUAAAUAAAAAUGAAUAUUGUAA